AAUGGCAGCGGCCAAGAACUCAUUGUCUCUCAACUCCAUUCUCCUCCACUGGAAGCCAUCUUUCUCUGGCCAAUCCUCCUCCCCGCGUUUGGUUCCUCCUCGCCACUGCCUCCUCCCUUUCCUCUUCAUCUUUUCCAUCUUCUUGGCGGUCCUCAAGUUCUCUUUCCUCAUCUCAAUUUCCGAAACACCUUCCACCUGCCAUUCCUCCUCCUCCCUCAUUUUCCGGUCAAAGGCCGUCUUAUCGCCUGUCAAGAACACAAAGACCCUGGCUCCUGCUCUUGACGUAGAUAACCUUCCGCUGGACGAGCGGGCGUUCUGGCAGCAACCGGACGGCGGCAGGUUCCGCUCCUGCCUCCAGUUUAGCCUCGAGUACAGGAAGGCCUCCAGUGCAAUUGCCGCGGAGAAAAGGAGGUUCUUGAUGGUGGUUGUGUCCGGGAAACUGGGCCAACAGAAGAACGAGAUUGUUGAUGCGGUUGUCAUAGCAAGAAUUCUUGGUGCAGCUCUGGUGUUGCCGAUCUUGGAGGCCAAUUCUCUGGGAAAAGACGACAGUGCUGAUUUCGGUGACAUAUUCGACGUAGAGCACUUCAAAGAAACAUUGAAAUCUGACGUGCGGAUAGUUUCUUCACUCCCAUCAUCACACUUGGGAUACAAAGCAGUUGCAGAACGCAUUCCUUUUCAUGCUACCCCCCUAUGGAUUAGAUCAAGAUUCAAACCAAAGUUAAACAAGCAUGGAGCCCUGCUCUUGAAGGGGAUAUACUUAAAACUGUCCAGAAAUCUGCCUCUAGACCUCCAAAGGCUUCGGUGUAAGGUGGCCUUCCAGGCACUCAGGUUUGCGGCUGAUAUCAGGGAGACAGGAAGCAGGUUAGCAGACAGGAUGCGGGCGGACGGCCCUUACAUUGCACUUCAUCUGAGGCUGGAGAAGGAUGUUUGGAUCCAGACUGGGUGCCUGCCGGGUCUCUCUUCCAAACACGAUGCGCUGAUUGCCGGCAUGAUCCGGAGGAGGCGGCCGGAAGCCAUUAGCAGCAGCUUGAACAUGAGCCAUCACCAACGCAGACUGUCUGGUCUCUGCCCACUCAACGCUGGUGACGUUGCCAGGUUGCUGAAGGCUUUGGGUGCGCCGGCAAGUGCUGGGGUCUACUGGGGCGGCGAGUCCCCUUUCGGUGGCUCCCAUGCCCUCGAGCCUCUCGCCGACCGCUUCCCUCACUUGACCACCAUGGAGGCGCUUGCCCACCCCGGCGAAUUGGAACCGUUGAUGAACAGGUCAUCUGCUCUGGAUGCCGUAGAUUACACCGUCUUCCUUGCCAGCCAUGUUUUCAUGGCCUCCCACGAUGGGAGCAUGGCCCAGGCCAUGAAGGGCCACAGAGCUUUUGCCGGCCACCGGAAAUCCAUAGAGCCGAAUAAAAGAGCCAUGGCAGCGGCGGCGCCACUACCCGAGGUGGAGUUCGCUGACAUCAUGAAGCUUGCACACCGGAACUCGGUUGGUCAGCCGGAACCAAGGGCCGGCAGGCAGCGCAAGGACGUGACCGCGUGUCCUGUGCCUGAAUGCGUGUGCAAGGGCCAUGGAUCAACACCUGCUUGGUGAUCAAAUUUUCAUCACUAAUGAGCUUAGUAGAUUUGGGUUGAAAUCUUGAUCCUUUUCAAGAGUUAACUGCUUUUUUCAGCUGAGAAAGUGCAAAGCCGCAUUACCUUCCUAGUUCCUACUUGUGGCACGGUUUUGUCUUUGAAGGGAAGAUCAUAGAAUGGAAAAUGGUAACCUGACACUUGAAUUGAAGAAUGUGUUCACCCUUCAUAUACCACCAUGGAAAGAAAAAUGAACCAAACAGUUUUGGCUCACGAUCUUCAAUGAAUUUGUCCACUGAA